GAAGGUUUUUGGAUUGGACCACCGUAACACUUUGAUGGCUGCCAACAACCUGGGUCUGGCGCUACGGGAUCAAGGGAGGUACGAUGAAUCGGAGGCUAUGAAUCGCCGCGCAUUGGAGGGGUACGAGAAAUGUCUUGGAUCUGACCACCCUGACACUUUGAUGGCUGCCAACAACCUGGCUCUGGUGCUGCGGGACCAAGGGAGGUACGAUGAAUCAGAGGUAAUGAAUCGACGCGUAUUAGAGGAGUGUGAGAAGGGCUUUGGACUGGAACACCCCGAUACUUUGCGAGCGGUUGGCAACCUGGCUAAACUACUUCUGAGACAGGAAAAGUACGUCGAAUCAGAGGCACUGGCUCGUCGUGCGCUAGAGGCUACCGAGAGGGCCUUGGGAAUAACUCACCGUGGUAUACUGUCUGCUAUCGACAACCUAGCCCUAGUACUUGAAGGCCAGGGAAAGCAUGCUGAGAGAGAAAAGCUACUUCAGCGUAGACUGGUGGUUCAGGAAGGCGGACCCGGCACGGAGAACUCAAAAGCCUGUGAAGCCCUUGAGCGUCUGACCUGCCUUGACGGGGAACAAACGCAGCACUCUCAAGCCGCAGAAGCGUAUGAGCAGGCCUACGGGGGGUUCGCUGAAACACUUAGUGAACAGGAACUCACUACUUUGGAAUAUGUCAGUCGGCUGAAGUUAUUACGAGAGCAGCAACCCCCCUCCGAGAGGGCCAGUCAGGUGGAAGUGGAGCAGGGUGUUAAUGUCUUGGGUCACCGGCGAUCCCCCGGCAUCCGCACGUUUUCGUGGUUGAAGAGACAGAGGUGGUUUCCUAGAAAUUGGAGAAACGGCAGAGCUCGUGAUAGGGAUUCAGUGGUAGGCGGUAGCAGCCAGAUGGGCUCCUAUAGGGAAGGGAUGAAGUAAGACUUCCAGGAGACUUCGCGACAGGUGGGAUUGUCUUGUUGCUCAAAAAGGCUGGGAAUGCUCGGUAAAAUCUGUAAU